AUACAACAAAAGAAUGUUUAGCCACCCAAUCUAGCAUUAGUUCUUUAAAAAGUACUGCAACAGGACUUCAGUUAGCCGUAUCAAUAGCUGCAACAUCCAUACCAGCCACAGUGAUAACGACAACUCAGAGUGCUAAUCCUCUUCUUUCAUCAAAGAAGACUUGUGAAGCAAGUCAAGACCAAUCAUUGAAAACUAGCACACUUGCUGCUUUGUUGAAGGAAGACACUCCUGGCACUGGACUUGCAGAGACUGAAAUAUCAACAUUGUCCAACAAAACAAGUACUGCACCCAACACUACAGCAAGUAUUAUUGCAUCUAUAAAAGUGCCCUCAACAUUCUCAGGAAUUAAAACUGAUGCAACACCAGCUCUGCAGUUUACUGCGGGUAGUGCAGCUAUGCUUAGUGGAAUGCCAACUCAAUCAACCAAUGGAUCUUCAGUUUUGAAUUUGGGUACUACUACAUCAACUAUUCAACAGUCUAACACCUUGCAAGCUGCUGUCAUACCAGGAUAUCCAGCUAAGACUGCUGGAUUAGCAAGUCACCUUGUGUCUGGAUCAGCUGGUUUUCAGAUGUCACAGCAGUCAGCUCCCACAACUACAGCUUCUCCAUCUGUAUUGGGGGGAAUUAGUAAUUUUAGCUCCACUUCAUCUGGAAAAUCUCUUGUAGCAUCAGCAACACCAGUAGCAGUCACAGCAACAACAACAACAGCAGCAGUAGUAGCAGCAGCAGCAGCAACAGCAGCAAAAACAGCAUCUUUGCCUACAUUUACAACUCAAGGUGUAACAUCAACAACUGCAUCUACUAAGUUUUCUGCAGUUUUUCCAACAACUACACCUAUCACAUUGCAGUCAACUGGUCCAACAUUCAACUUCAAGUCGGCUGUAUCCACUGACCAUUCUAGUGCUGCAGGAGGCUUCAAUUUCCAGCAACCAGCUGCAUCAGUUAAAACUGAGGUUAAACCCCAAACUGUCUCUUACAGUUCUACAACUGCUCCUGGCAUUGGAGGCUUUGGAUUGGGUGCAGCCACUAAUGUAUCUGCUCCGUCUAGCCAGUUCAAUUUCCCCUUAGCAUCUGCUGGGUCUGGUAUAUCUGCAUUUACUACUGCUUCCACAAAUGCUGCUUCCUCCCUUUCCAGCUCUGGUGUUUCCACGGCCACAGUACCUGGAGGUUUAAGCACAACUACACAGAGUGUAUUUGGAACACAACCUGCUUCCUCCCAAAGUGGCAUUAUUGCCCCUAGCUCUUCAGCUUCUGCUACGACAGAGACCUUUGCUUUUGGUGGCUUGUCUGGUCUUGCUUCUUCAACUGGAACAGUUGCUACUGGUUUGGGUAGUUUUGGGGCAACAGCAACAACCACUGCAGCAGGAUUUGGGACAUCAGUGUCUUUAACAGGAACCAUGCCUGGGUUUGGAGUAAUAUCUACAGCUAUAGGACCAACUGCUUCUACUGUAACUAUGCCAGGAUUUGGGAAUAAUGCAGGUCAAUCAUCCUUAAUGGGCACAAUGCCUGCCUUUGGAGCUGCUUCCAUUGAUGCAAAUACAGCAUCAUCAACAGGGACAAGGCCUGGGUUUGGAGCAGCUUCCAUUGGUGUGAUCACAGCGCCAUCAACAGGGACAAUGCCUGGGUUUGGAGCAGCUGCUACAAAAACAGCAACUAUGCCUGGAUUUGGGAUCCCUUCUGCUGCACCUGUCACAGGGUUUGGGGCAACUCCUACUACCAGUGCUUCAUCAGCGAUUGCUAGUACUCAAGUAUUUGGACUGCCAACAGGUUCCAUGGUGACAGGCUUUGGAACAAAUUCUACUGGUGGCUUUGGUCUGACUUCUUCUACAGCAGUACCAUCAGGUUUUAGUACUCCUAGCAUGGCAACCUCAGGUUUUGGGGGUGCAACUACAGCAGCUAGUACUGGGAUGGGAGCAGCUCCAGCAAGUGGAACACUAGGUUUUGGUACUACUCUUGGAGUCUCUGGAUUUGGUGUACGAUCUUCUACACCUCCUGUAGGAUUUGGUGGACCUUCCAGCAGUGCACCAACCACAUCUACUGCAACAUUAAGUGCAUUUGGAGGUACAGCCCCUGCUUCAACAUUUCAAAGUGGUGUACAGUCAGGAUUUGCAACUGGAGCCACUGUAGGUGGAGGUGGCGUUUUUGGUGCUGGAUCAACGGGCUUUGGAGGACAAGCUCAGCAACCAUCAGCAGGUUUCAAUUUUGGAGCACAACAACAACAAGCAGCACAAAAUUCCACAGGGUUCAACUUUACAGCCAGUGCUGCCACAGGACAAAAUCCAGGCCAAGGUGUAGGAAGUGGUACCACUUUUCAGUUUGGACAAACUCAGACCUCAUCAUUGCCAGUACCAAGUUUUGUUGCAGGAAAAUUUGGACAAACAACUGCAAGUGCUCCUUUCAAUUUCUCAGCCGGUACUGGAUCCAGUGCAGUGCCUGCUGCCUCAUUUGGUACACCAGGACCAACAGCCAGUGGCAGUACUUCAUUAUCAAAACUACAAAGGAUGAAGAAGACGAGAGCACGCCAUCAGAAGGGAAGACACUGAUUUUAUUCACAAACAUGUGUUGUCAAAGUUAACACAUUGUCUACUGACAGUUUUAUUGCAAUCGUAUUGGCUAACUUUGACUAUCUGUAAACACAUUGUCUACUGACAGUUUUAUUCCAAUCGUAUUGGCUAACUUUGACUAUCUGU